GAAAAAACGAUAUGAAAAAAUGUUAAUGUAAUAAGAGUAACAUAAUAAUAAGAACAACAGCAAAAAGUGCAAAACAGCAAAAAGAAAAAAUGGUGACAUACAAACAUUACUGUCAAAAUUGAAAGCAACAAAGUAGGAAGUAGUAAAAAAGGUGAAAGCAUGUAGUGCAAGGCGCAAGGUGAAAGGACGUACAAAGAGAACGCUUUCGGGCUUUCGUGCAAGCAAGGAAAAUCUGUACAACAAGCAGAAGACAUUAUUGUCACGACAAACAAUACAGAAAUAUAAUAACAAAAAGCAAACACAAACAGCAUACAAACGAGCGUGCUUGACAGGCAGACUGCUGAGACGUCAUCUGCAGCAGUGGAGCAAAGCGAUAUUCUACGUAGCUUCAGCUGUAGCAACAUUUAUCAAAGAAGCUGAGAGGACCAAUUUUUUGGCGUACAUAUUUUUCCAUAUCUUUCACUUAACGGAAAAAAACAUAAACUCUGCAUUCUGUCGUUCUUACUCAUACUUGUCGUGAAUUCAGUUCAAAAACGCAUUAACCCUAAUGAGUGCGCGAAUUGAGGCUCCAGUCGACGCCAAACAGCUAUCGGGGCUUCUGCUGUGAAACCCUUUGCAAAACACACGUUAGACUACAAGCUGUGCAUUUGUCGGGGUGAGGUUGUGUGAGUGGUUGUGGACGUGUAGCGUUGGUGGUGGUGUAGGUGGUGUAGGGGCGCCAACUUGCCACGUUUUUUACAUACACAAAUGUUGCCGAUAUUAAUGCCAAUGCACAUGCUGGAAAUUCGGAUAAUACUACUUUGCCUGCCAUCGAUACUACUGGCGACGACGCUAGAGCCGGAACAAAAAUCAAUACUCACCGAUAGCGAUUGGAAGAAGUUAUGGAUGCGAGGCGGUAUAAAUCCCGAUUCAAAAUUGGAUAACAAUAUCGAUACCAGUGACAGUCCCAUGUUCGAGGAUAGUGAGAUGGCGCACAAUACGACCGUCCAAUUGGGAGGCACCGCGUUUCUGGUUUGCAAAGUGUCUGGCGUGGAUAGAGUGGGUGUAAAUUGGAAUCAAAUCUCUUGGAUACGUCGACGCGACUGGCACAUCCUUUCGUCCGGCGCGCAACUCUACACCAACGACGAACGGUUUGCGAUACUGCAUGCGCCCGGCUCGAAUAUGUGGACAUUGCAGAUAAAAUUCGUACAGCGACGAGACCAUGGCAUGUACGAAUGUCAGGUCUCCACACCGACAGGCAUCAUUUCGCAUUUUGUGAAUCUGCAAGUAGUCGUACCCGAGGCAUUCAUAUUGGGCUCCGGUGAGCUGCAUGUCGACAUGGGAUCUACAAUAAAUCUCGUCUGCAUAAUUGAAAAGAGUCCAACUCCACCACAAUAUGUGUAUUGGCAGAAAAACGAUCGCCUUAUUAACUACUACGAUUCGCGGCGUGAUAUUUCAAUCGAAACAACUCCUGGACCACGUACACAAAGUCGUCUCAUCAUCAGAGAGCCACAAAUUUCCGAUUCGGGAAACUACACAUGUUCGGCCAGUAAUACAGAGCCAGCGAGCAUUUACGUUUUCGUGUCAAAAGGCGAUAAUAUGGCGGCCAUAUCACGAAAAACUUCCUCGGCCGAUCGGAUUGCAGCGAUAUUCAAGUAUCUUCUGGCCCCGUGCGUGCUGGUGAAUACGCUGGGAAUAAGACGCAUUUUUUUAACCUAAGACUUAAAUUAAACUUAACGAAUAAAUUACAAAUAAUCCUACAUAAGAUAUUUUCAAUUUAGAUUUAACUAAAAAAAAUCAUAGAAAAGUAUAAAAAAUAACUAACUUAAAUGCAUAGCAGUAAACAAUACAUUUUAGCACAAUUUAAAUAUAUAAUUUAUUAGUGUUCCAUCAAAACAAACAAGAAAAAAAUUAAAGAUAUGAAAGCCAAUGGGGCGUAAUAUUAAUUAAGGUAAGCAAAAAAUGUAAAUAUGUAGUGUUGCAGCCGAAUAGUGUUGAUCGAAUAAAAAAUAUGAUUAAUAAUAAUUGUAAAUUACUAUUUAUGGAGAAUAUUUUUUUUAUUAGAUUAUUUGUAAGUCAUACAAAAAAAUCCAUUUAAACCUACAGAUAUGUAUAAACUAAUUAAUAAGUUAUUGAUAUAUUCGUAAUUAUAAUUAAAUUUAGUGCUAUUUUUGUAAUUUAAAUUUCAUAACAAUUUAGUUGUAACAUUUUUGUAUGUAAAAAGCCUUUAACCAACUCAGUUUAUUCCGCGAACUUUGUAAAUUUUCAUGGACAGAAAAAACAAAUAGAAAAAAAAGAGAAAAAUAAAUACUAAUUGCAACUUACAAUGCCAUUAAUUGUAAUUAAUUAAAUUAAGAGUUUGUUACAAAUUUAAGCAGACAUGUUGAAAUUAAUCCGAAAGUGAAAGUGAACAUCUAUGAAAGAAUAGAUAAAUACUUAGUGGGAAAUUCAUUAAAAAAUUAGUAGCAAAAAUGCAAAGAAAUCUUAGUUUAGGCGAGGAAAAACAUUAAUUAAAUUUGCUGUUAAAAUGUCUAAAAUUAAAAACAAAACACAAAUAAUUGUAGAAGUUAAAUUCUAGCUUAAAAUAAAUAUAGUAAAUAAGUAGUUAAAAAAAUAUCAGCUAUAAGUUUAAAAAGUAAAUAUAAAAUAUAAAAAACCAAAAAAGAAGACACACAGAAAAAAAUUAAUAAAUAAAAACGAAAGGUGUGAGUAAUUAAAAAUAAAUUGAACAAAAAUGAGCGAAUAGAUAUACUGGAAAU